AAUGAGAUCAACAGGUGGGUGAGCAAAAACACAAACCGCUAAAUCAAUUGCGCACUCGCUGUAGUGAUUCAUGUAGAAAAGCCAGAGAGAAUUGCUCUCCCAGUUUCUCCCAAACUAUAGACAUCCUCUGCUUAUGGUUGAAUACAAUAUACAAUAAAAAAUUGCUCGUGGGCUUCGCCACUCAUGGAUGCAUUUUUGAAGAAAGUGACAUAGCUAAACAGGCGUACGACAAGCUGGCAGAGACAAUACAACCGCUAUUCUGUCGAUUUGAGGUGUGUUCGCGGCGCGUACAGAUGAUCGCUUCAACACAUUUACGCAUUAGCGCUGCGACCGCAUCGUCAGUAGCGACAGUAUUGUUGAUAGUGUAGUUUCGUUUUGGCUGGAAUUUCUAGUGUUCAGAGGGGCGUGUGCCUCUGGUGAUAGGAGAUCAUGGCUUUCUUCUUCAACUUUGUUGCGAUAUGCACAAUCAUCUAUUUCCUGGUGCAGAUCAUCCUCUGGGUGGUGUUGGACUCGGAUAUUGAGCUUUUCAUUCUGUCCAAAUUAGGAAAACCUAUUUCAUCGCUCAAAGGAAAAGUUGUUUGGAUUACUGGAGCCUCGAGUGGAAUUGGACGAGAUCUAGCAAUCGCUCUAGCGAAACAUGGUGUUCGUCUGUGCUUAUCGGCUCGUAACAUAUCGGAGCUGCUUAAGGUCAAGCAAGAUUGUAUAGCGAAAUCCAACACCGCUCUCGGCCCGAACGAUGUCUACGUGUUGCAAAUGGAUAUGCUGGAUAUUAAUCACCACAAUGAUUACUUCAACAUGGUUCUUGACCACUUUAAGACCAUCGAUAUCCUAGUUAACAAUGCGGGACGAUCGCAGCGAGCCGACUGGAACAAUAUCAACGUGAAAGUGGAUCGAGAGUUGUUCGAAUUGGAUGUUUUUGCGGUGGUCCAUCUGUCGCGGAUUGCCCUCAACUUUUUUAUACGCAACUCGAUUAAGGGUCACCUCGCGGUAACAAGCAGCACGGCUGGAUUGAUUGGGGCACCGAACUCGGCGAGUUACACCGGGGCUAAACAUGCGUUGCAUGGUUAUUUCGAAACGCUUCGGAGCGAACCAUUCGACGUGAAUGUCACAAUAUUUUGCCCUGGACCUACCGCCACCAAUUUCCUACAGGAGUGUUUCACCGAUACGCCAGGAAUUAAAUACAAUCAAUCCGUACGCCCGGAGGACAAACGCAUGACGAGUGAACGCUGCGGGCAUCUGUACGCGCUGGCCCUGGCCAACAAGACCCAGCUCAGCUGGGUUGGUAACUUUCCCAUCAACGCGAUACUCUACAUAGGCUGCUAUUACCCGAACAUUAAAAAAUUGAUGUUGAAAAUUGUUGGCAUGCAGCGUCUCAGACAAGUACGAGAUAGUCAGUGAGAAAAAACUUCGCGUAUGCUUCGACUGCACACACACACACACACACACACACACACACACAAACACCGGAACUCGCUAGUCUAAUGAAGAAUGAUAAUUAGGUUCAAAAACAUUGUUCAUUCCGUAUGCUGAACGCGAAUGUAGAUGUUAGAACGCAUUAGGACUAAGUUGCAAUGCACUUCCAGCACAAAGAAGUGCACUCUAGUUCAAGUUCAAGUUCAAGAUUAUUUCCGUUGUUAUCGAUUACACCGUUCAAUAUGUUUAUUUAUUAACUUAGAAGAAAAUCAAACUUUACCAGUAGCUAAUUGCAGUGUUGAAAGAAAUAAGAUGCCAUUUUUGUGAAACUAAAUCAGGAAAGACUACACAAAAACACUUUGAUAAAAUGCAUUUACUUAAAUUUGUGAGAGAUUGAAAAAUGAAAUAAAAUGUGUAAG